GGAAAGCGCACGGGAAAACAUGUGAGCGGUCUGAGGACUUUAGUGAGAGACAACUUUUAUGUCUUCUAUGUUUUUUUGACCCCGUGCAUGCACAAACCUCCGUGCUGUGCUUAAAAGGAAUUACAUCUAAAGGAACAUCACGGCUCUUUUGCAGUUCACGGUGUUCUUUGGGUUUUGACUUUUUGUGUUCAUCAGGAUAAAUUGUGUUAUUGUUUUGCUUAUAUUUUAUUUUUUAUUUCUGAGUUGUUCUAUAUAGGCAGAAGCAACAAUAAUGUUUUUUUAAACACCUUUGGUCAUAGUUGUUGGUCAAAUUCAGGACACCUGCCCUGACAAACAGAAUAUUUGAAAUGCUCUUAUAGUAGCCAAAUUGGCUUUUGCUGCUUGGAGAAAUUAGCCCAAAAAAAUAUUAAAAAAGAAAAGAAAAAUUGAUAUUAUUUUAUAUUCUACAUUGCAGGUUAACCCCACUAUUUUUUCAAAAAGAGGGGACAGAUCUUGGGAGUUUUUUCUAUUCAUAUUUUUUGUUAAUUUUAUAAUUUUUUAAGCUAUGAAGCAUUUGCAAUUUGUGCUCGUCCUGGCCAUCGCGGUCAGCGUGUGGGAAUGUGGAGACGCUAAAUUCGGCGAGAGGGGAGAAAUUAGCCCCAGGAGAAGAAGAUGUUACGACGGAAGCCUGCCCAAGCGGCUGAAGAAAAGGGAGCGAAAAGUGUUGCUUGACGGCAGCAGCAGCAGCAGCAGCAGCGGAGAAGUUUGCCACAGGUUGUACCCCCGAGUGUCCUGCUGUCCCACCAGGAGAGCCGCCUAUCAGAUCCUGCACCGCAGGGAUGCUAGGGCAUUGGUCCCUAUUGCGUGUGGUCUCCAGAUUUUCUCCACCAACAACACCGAAUGUGGACGUAUCCUGGAGGAGAUCAAGUGUGCUCGCUGUUCCCCCAAUGCCCAGGUGUUGUUCCACUCCUUGGACAUGGAUAAGAUGACACACAGGGAGCCAGACCUGCCGCGGCUGUGCCAGGAUUUCUGCCGCGAGUUCUACUACACCUGCAGGGGACACAUACCAGAACUGUUCCAGGCCGAUGUGGAUGAGUUCUGCCAAUACUAUGGGAGGAGAGAUGCCAGUCUGUGCUUUCCAGAUUUUCAACGAAAGCGACCACAAGGGCAAGAUUCCAACUACUUGGGAGAUGAGAAAAUAGAAGAUAUCAGCAGGAAACACAAACACAACUGCUACUGUGCCCAGGAGGUGUUGAGUAGUCUGAGGCAGCCGGUGGCCGUGGUGCACUGUGGGGAUGGAUCCCAGCGGCUAUUUGUCCUGGAGAGGGAGGGAAUUGUCAGGAUACUCAACCAUGACCUCGAGCUAAUCAAGGAGCCCUUCCUGGACAUCCACAAGCUGGUGCAGAACGGCCUGAAGGGUGGAGAUGAAAGGGGCCUGCUAAGCCUGGCAUUCCACCCCAAUUACAAGAAGAAUGGCAAGCUCUACGUCUCCUACACCACCAACCAAGAGCGCUGGGCUAUUGGACCACACGACCACAUUCUCCGUGUGGUUGAAUACACCGUUUCGAGGAAAAACCCGAACCAGGUGGACACCCGGACUGUCAGGGUGCUGAUGGAAGUGGCAGAGCUGCACAGGAAGCACCUAGGCGGUCAACUUCUGUUCAGCCCUGAUGGUCUGUUGCACAUUGUCCUGGGAGAUGGCAUGAUCACCCUGGAUGAUAUGGAGGAGAUGGAUGGACUCAGUGAUUUCACAGGGUCCAUCCUGAGGGUAGAUGUGGACACAGACUGCUGUACAUCACCUUAUUCAAUACCGCGGAACAACCCGUACUUCAACAGCACCAACCAGCCACCUGAAAUAUUUGCUCAUGGAUUACAUGACCCAGGCAGGUGUGCAGUAGAUCGGCUUCAGACUGACAAUGGGAGUCUCCUGAUCCUCUGUACAGAUGCCAGUGGCAAAAACACAUCAGCAGGAAGAAUACUAGAGAUUACUAAAGGGAAAGAUUAUGAAAAUGAGCCUUCUGUCUAUGACCUGCAGUCCAGUGGAGGAGCACCACCCGUGGGGGGUUUCAUCUACAGAGGCUGCCAGUCUAGAAGACUUUAUGGCAGCUAUGUGUUUGGAGAUAAAAAUGGUAACCUGCGGAUCCUCCAGAAGUCUACAUUGUCAACAUCAGCAAGUGGUGAACAGUGGCUGGAGAAAGCUCUUUGUCUAGGCCCAGCUGGCUCCUGUGGCUCCAUGCUUGUAGGACACAUCUUGGGUUUCGGAGAGGAUGAACUAGGUGAAGUCUACAUACUGGCAAGCAGUAAAAGCAUGGCACAGUCACACAGUGGGAAACUCUACAAGCUGGUAGACCCUAAAAGGCCUCAUGCCCCGAAGGAGUGCCAGCGUCAGGUGGAGCCUCCAGAGCUGCUGAUGACAGCUUGCUCCAGACACUGUAAGAACGGACACUGCACUCCGACUGGGAAGUGCUGCUGCAGCCCCGGCUGGGAGGGACCUUUCUGCAGAGUUGCCAAGUGUGAACCAGCCUGCCGAAAUGGAGGAGUGUGUAUGGAGCCCGACAAGUGCCUGUGUAAGAGCGGCUACUCUGGGGCCCAGUGUGAGAAGAGUGAGCGGGGCAUGCCCAAUGACCAGGAGAAAGACGGCAUCCUGGACCACAUCAUUGACAUGACCUCAUACCUCCUAGACCUGACCAGUUAUAUCGUAUAGGGGUGCUGUCAUCCUCAAGUUGACACAAAUCUACCUACCACCACCAGCAGACUCUAACGAGGUGUCCCUAAUAUGGCCUCUUAAUCUCCCUCACACCCACACAGGCAUGUACACACACACACACACACACACACACACACACACACACACACACACACACACACACACACACAUGAUCCACAUCAGACUGCUUUUCAUCCUCCUUGCCAUACCAAACUUUUCCUCUUUCACCUAUAAGCUACUUGCUUUUGAGCAUCAAGCCUGGCAGCCAAGCUGUGUUCACACUUCAGAGAGACCUGCAGAGAGGAGAUGAUUAAUAAGCAUGGCCAAGUUAUGGAAGUUCCACUAAGACAUUUCCUCUCUCGUUCAGAAAAUGCUCGCACACGGCUGACUCCACAGGAACAGGAACUCCACAGGAACAGACCAUUUUAACCCAAGACUUUGGAUCUUUUCAGGGGCUAUCUGU